UAUCAGAUAUUCGAACUUGUUGAAAUUUGUCUGCUAUUUGCAUGAAUCAUGCGUUUGUCUCAGUACUUUUUUGUGUGCAAUAUUCCUGAGGUGAAUAAUUGCAUGACAUACAAAAACGAAAAGUGAGCGUGACUGUAAAAUCGGUUGGGGGACUGGUUCAAACUUUACAGUGGCGCCAUUUUGAUUUUACUUGGGAGAGAAGGAGGGAGGCAGGUCGUAACCAAGUCAAGAGCAUAUAAAAAAUCAUGGCUAGAGUUCCCUUGUGUCGUCUCAAGAAUGGUCUGGAAAUCCGCCGGAUUUUAAACGGAAUGUGGCAAGUUUCGGGCAGUCACGGUGCGAUUGAUUCCAACAAGGCUUCUCGAGAAAUGUUCAAAUAUUUUGACGCGGGUUUGACAACGUUCGAUAUGGCUGACAUUUAUGGCCCCGCGGAGGAAAUCUUUGGCGAUUUUUUAGAGCAGCUGAGGGAAGAACGAGGCGAGGAGUCUGCUAAAAAAGUGCAAGCACUAACUAAAUGGGUUCCUCAGCCAGGCCCGAUAACUAGGGAAAUUACCAAAGGACGUGUUCGUCUUGCCAUGAAACGAAUGGGUGUUGAUAAGCUUGACAUGCUGCAGUUCCACUGGUGGGAUUACUCUGACAGCCGCUAUCUUGACGCUCUUGCCUAUCUUAGUGAACUACAACAUGAAGGUUUGAUUGGAGAACUCUCACUUACAAACUUUAACACCAGACAUCUUAAUGAAAUCAUCAAAAAAGGAAUUAGUAUCUCAAGUAAUCAAGUUCAGUAUUCUAUCAUUGAUCGCCGUCCCGAACAGAAGAUGAUCAAGCUUUGCCGUGAGCAUGGAAUUAAACUCUUGGCUUAUGGUACUUUGGGUGGUGGUCUCAUAUCUGACAGAUAUCUAAACAAGAAGGAGCCAGUUAAAAGGGCGGAGCUACAUACGGCGUCCCUUGGAAAGUACAAGCAGAUGAUCGAUGCAUGGGGUAGCUGGGAGCUGUUUCAAGAACUUUUGUCUAACUUGUCUGAGAUUGCACAGGCACAUAACAGCACCAUAGCUAAUGUUGCUUGUCGAUACAUCUUAGACAAACCAGAAGUCGCUGGCAUUAUACUUGGGUGUAGGUUUGGUGUCCCUGGCGCUGAGCAUAUUGAAGAAAAUUUGAAGCUUCUUGACCUGGAGCUUACUUCAGAUGAAAUCCAGAAACUUGAGCAAACUCUCAGCAAAGGAAAUGACUUGUUUGAGACAACUGGAGAUUGUGGUGAUGAGUACAGAUAGCGUGUUAUUGGGGAAUUUCUGUUGGCCUUUCCUUCAAGGAAUAGGCAGUAGCUUGUAUGAUAAAAGUCACACUUACCAUUGGUCAGUGAAUAAUUCAAGGUGUUAAAAAAAUAGAAAAGUAUAGAGUGUAAGAAAGCAAAGGUUCACUGGGAAACCUCUUAUCUUUUGCCAGCGACUGCCAAACAAAUGGUACAGCUUUGACUUAUCCUAGACAGCUGAAUAAAAAGAACUCUUAAGACUCGCGUGCAGGGCUGGAAUUAAAGGCUGGUCAUCACACAAUGUUCAGCCUGAUUGGGGAUUUGAUCAGUCAAACUUUCGUCUUGCUGUUAAUUUCCAGUCCUGCAUGCAUAUAAUGUUAGUCUCAUCUGAAGUAAUCUUUUCACAGACACCUGCAGCAAAAGACUGCAGUGUAAGAUGAAAUAAUCAUAACUUAUGAUCUCACUGGUAUUUGCAGUUAUUUUACUUCAGAUUGAGACCGGAGUCUCUUUAUUCAGUGGUCAAGUAGAACUGGAAACUGUGUCCACUCACUUUAAUAAAGGACCAGGGGCACAGUUGACAUGCAUUUUGUUUUUCCAGAAAAUAUCUAGUUAUACUCCUCCCACAGAGAGUUUUGGGUUUGACCUCCCCCCUCCCCCACUUCCCCCUUGGAAUUUCCAAUAACCCUCCUUAGGGUAGGUUUGGAUAUUUUCUGAGACCACACUUUUGAAAGAGUGAAAAUGGGGAAAAUAGUAUUUUUUUUUAAAAGAAGCACAUGUAGAAUGUACAGAAGGAGUAUUUCAGAUGAAAUCAAAAAGAAAAAAGUGUAAAUUAAGGUGGCUGAACACAAUUUUUGAUACCUGUGUUUCGUUCACCUUUUU